UCCUCUGAAUGCCUCUGUUGGAGAGACAGUAACAUUCAUGACAAACUUGGAUCCAACAGAGACACCAUUUUCAUCAGUCCAGUGGAAUUUUGAUCCUGGUUCAGGGCCUAAACUCAUAGUUCAGUCUCUGACUACUGGAAACACAACUGGACCAGGAUAUGAAGGCAGGAUCACUCUCUUCAGAUCUAAUGGAUCUCUGGAACUCAGGAAUCUGAAACUCACUGACAGUGGAGAAUAUAAAGUUAGCAUUCUAGAUGGAGUGAUCUCAAAGGACGGACAAACCACACUGGAUGUAUAUGAGCCAGUCUCCAAUGUAAUUGUCUCCCCACCAAGAGCAGACUUGAUUGAGUUCAGCAGCUCCGUCCAUCUGUCCUGCUCCUCCUCUGGACGUUCUCUCUCCUUCAUCUGGAUGAACAGCAGCUCUGAGGUCACAACCAGUGACAGAGUUCAGAUCAAGACAAAUGAAGAAAACUCCAAUCUGACUAUAGUCAAUGUGACCAGAAAUGACCAGGGAUCAUACAGGUGUCGUGUGUCUAAUCCUGUCAGUUCAGUCAUCAGUGAUCCAGUAAACAUCGAUGUUUAUUCACCAGUCUCUAAUGUAAAAGUUACUCAAGACGUUACCCAAUUGAUUGAGUUCAGUGGGUCUGUCAGCUUCUCCUGCUCCUCCUCUGGAUCUUCUCUCUCCUUCCUCUGGAUGAACAGCAGCUCUGAGGUCACAGCCAGUGACAGAGUUCAGAUCACUGAUACUGAUGGAGGAUCCAAUCUGACUGUAAUCAAUGUGACCAGAUAUGAUGAUGGAUCAUACAGCUGUCAUGUGUCCAAUCCUGCCAGCAGUGCCAGCAGUGAUCCACGACACCUCUCUGUCAGCUAUGGUCCAGAAAAUGUCAACUUAGAACCACCUUCUCAUAAAUAUCCAGAAGGGUUGAAAAUCCAUCUGAAUUGUUCAGCUGACUCCAGACCUCCUGCCACUUUUGAGUGGUUCUUUAAUGGAAAUGUUCUGCCUGAUUCUGGACCUCAGCUUGAACUCCCCAAUUUUGAGAAGAAUCAGAGUGGAAACUACAGCUGUCAGGCCUUUAACAGCAUAACCAAAAGAUAUCAAACAUCUCAAGUUUCAGUUAUCUCUAUAGAAGAUAACGCCAAAGAAGAAAGCAGCGACUCAUUAUCCUCUGGAGCCAUUGCAGGAAUUGUUAUUGGGUGUUUAGUAUGCGUUUCUUUAAUUGUUCUUGGAGUUUACUUCACACUUAAAAAAAAAAAAUCUCGGGGGAAAACCUCAAAUAGAAAUAUUUCAGCAGGUGGGAACAAACGGAAUAAUGGUGUAAGCAUUGAUGAGGAGCUGAACUAUGCAGAUAUCAGGUUUGCAAAGAACAAGAAAAAUGUGCAACCUCAGUGGGAAUCAGACAACCCCUCAUCAACCUACGCUGACAUCAGGCCCAACAGAAACUAAAGGACUCUUCCCUUUCCGCCCACAUGCAGCUGAAACCAAACAGGCUGGCUGUCUGGCUUUAACUAAAUCCUGCUAAAACUUGACAUUUCUUUAAGCAAAAGCCAACAAUGACAGAGCUGGCUGAUGCUCGUUAGAGAGACGAGAUUGUUGGUUUGCUGUAGCAAAUUUCAGCAUAAGUUUACUUCAUUCUGGCACCUUAGUAGUUAAUGAUUAACUAACAUCAGCUCUUACUGGCAACAGAAAGCAGAAGGCAGAAUAUUUCCCUCUUUUCAUUUUAUGACUUUCAUAAAUCUAAAGUGAGCAGCAAUCUUCUCUUUAUAGCUUAAUUAUUUCCUUUAGUACGAAUCUGGUCAAUAUUAUAAUGCAAAAUGUUAUUCCUGAAAUGUGUAGCGUGUUCUUUCACAAAACUUAAGUUUAUACAGAUAUUAUAGAUUCGGAGUGGAUAUAGAUAUAGUAAAAUACUCAAGAUACAGAUUUUCUUGGUUCCAAUCUGAAGUUAGCGUAUCUUGUUAAUUUGUCAUUUCAGUUUUGGAUAAUACUGAUCAUGCGAUAGUGCAAAGAUAAAAUGUGAAGCUAUUAUAAAGAAGCUGCAGCCACAUUCAGUUUACAGAUGCCAGAUUUUGCACUGAUUAAAAAGAAAUCCUCCAAUGUUUAGGGAUGCAACGACACACAAAAGUCACGGUCUGGUUUAAUUUCAGUAGACUUUAAUCAAUACUUUAAGUGUUAAUAUGUGCACCAUUACACCUCCAGUAACAGGAAAGGUCUAGAAUGGGGAAGUUAAACAUCACUUAUCCAGUCAGGUUACUGUAAUUGUAAUAAGUGCAAAUUUUAUUUUGAGAAGCUCAAGCAAGAAAAUAUUGUCUAAAUAUCAGAGCACUGCACUUAAGCUACUUUGAUGAAUACAGCCAAAUGUGUGGUCAUUCUUUAGUGUGGUGAUGUAUUCUUUGUUAUGGUUUUAGUCCAGUUUUUAUACUGUACCAACAUGAAACCACUGAAGUAACAAAAUAAUCGUAGAAAAGAAAAAGCUUUAAUGGGUUUGUCAUUCGAACCAAUCCAUGCUCAACAAAUCGAAGACAGUUUCCAAUUAUUCAAAAUGUAGGACACAAAAAUCAUGCUUUUGAAAUUGUAUCUUAUUCCUCCAAAUAUGUUUCAUGGUGAAUUUGUGUUUACUAUUAUUUUCUGCUUAUGUGAAAAGGGUAUUUAAGGAAAUUAUGAAAAUAUUUUCUCCUGAUUAAACAUUCUUAGAUAUAUUUAAACAUAUAUAAGCCUUUAUUCCUUGUAUGGAACAGAGCUGCUGUAAAUAAAAUAGGUUGUAGAUGAUGUCUGAAUACCAAGACUGAUUGAACUUUUGAAGCCCUUCCAGAAGCUUGCACCUCAACUCUAUAAUUCAUGGAAUAUCCAUACCAGAUGAACUCAAGCAAUAUAAUUAAAAUUAAAAGAAGGAAAUGUUUGACACAGGAAUGUAAAGUUAAAUUCCCUAUUUUGUAAAAGGAACAAUAAAAAAGUGUCAUCUUCCAGAAUUUGCUGUUAUUAAACACAGUUAAUAAAAAGCCAGUGGAUCAUCUCUAGAUUUUAAGCUGAGUCAACAAGCUGCUGAAUAAAUCAUUGUCAGGAUUCUGAGAUCAUUUUCUGAAUUUAUUAGAAAUUGCUUACAAUGCAGAGCUUAAUAGGAGUUGCUGCCACCUGGAGUGUUACAACCACUGGUUGUGUAGGCGGGCAAUUAUUUUUUCACACAAGACCAAAUUGAGUUGCAGCUUUUUCUUCUAAAUAAAUAUAGUGAUCAUUUGUAAACAUGUUUCUGUAUUUACUGAAGUUAUCUUUGUCUAAUAAUAAUAUUUGUUUGAUGAGCUGAAGCAUUUAAGUGUAUCAAAAAAAACAAAAACAAAUUAAAUAUUUUUUCCAA